UUUUGCUAAAUUUGUUGCUACUUUCACUAAUUCAUCCGUCGACUCUUCUUCUAGGGUUUGAAUCACUUCUAACAAUCGGAUGCCGCACCGCUCUCUCUCAUUUCUAACGUAAACCGCCCCAUUUUUGCUAGUGAAUAAGAGAGUGAAACUUGUGCGCCAUUGAGUGCGUGUGGUCUGAAGCUAAGCGACCCUUGAUCCUUUCCCCCUCAAUGAUAUUGACCUGAUCGUUAGUUCAUAGUUAGUUCGGAAUUGGUCAUGCCUUCUUGGUUUCUUCAGUCGUAGGAAAGAUUUUGGAACUCCAUAAAUGGGUGUGCCUAAGCAGAAGUGGACAUUAGAAGAGGAAGCUGCCCUUAAAGCUGGAGUAGCCAAGUAUGGACCAGGAAAAUGGAGCACAAUUCUCAAGGACUCGGAGUUUGUCUCUGUCUUGCAUUUACGUUCCAAUGUGGACCUUAAGGAUAAGUGGAGAAAUUUGAACUUGAUGGCUAGUGGAUAUGGAUCCCGUCAAAGGGCUAGACCUGGAAAGUCAAAAACUCAGUCAAUUCAUAAGCUUGAAAAUAUUUCUACUGCUUCCAAAGAAGACCAUGACAUGAAAGUUUGUAUUCCAGAUCCUUCUACAACAUUAGCUGCACGAUUGCAAAUUGGUAGUUCUAACAUGUCAAUGCCAAGGUUGGAUAGCCUUAUAUUGGAUACCAUAGCUAAUCUGAAGGAGUCACAUGGUUCUAGCCGUGCUGCAAUUGCCGAAUACAUUGAGGAGAAGCAUUCAGCACCUCCCAACCUUGAAAAACUGUUGAAAGCGGAGUUGAAGGCUUUGAUAGGUUGCGGAAAAUUGAUCAAGGUAAAGCAUCGGUACAGGAUUGCACCAAGUUCUUCAUAUUUGGGUUUAAAAGAGAAUCCAUCCCUGUUGCUCCUAGAAGUAAAACAGGAAUAUUGCUCAAUGGAAGAGACGGGUGCUACCAAGAUUCUUACAAAAGCAGAUAUCGAUGCAGAGUUGGAGAAGAUGAGGAGCAUGACCCCACAGCAGGCUGCUGCUGUUGCUGUGAAGGCAGUUGCAGAGGCAGAAGCUGCUAUUUCAGAAGCUGAAAGGGCAGAAAGGGAAGCACAGGCAGCUGAAGCUGAUGCAGAGUUAGCCAGAGUAUUUGCUGCUGCUGCAAUGCAGUCAUUAAAGCGAACUGCACUUUGCACAUGACUAGAAUGAGAUUGAGACAGAUAUGUGCAGUGCUCUAAAGAAUACAGGUCUCCUUUGCUGUGGAUAUGGUAGGUUUCUGGCUUAUGAAGGUUUCCAACUUCAGUGAGGUAAUUAUGAUGGAGUAUAAGUAGAUAGCGAGUGUUGUUUGACAUUGGAACGAGUUUGCCAUUCUUGAGAUGUGAAAUUGCUUACCAUUUGGUUUUUGGCUAUAUAACAUUUUCAAGAGCA